AUGGUCCUGGUGGACGCUAUUCUCGACCAAUACCUUGCCGCGGGUCUUAUACAACACUCGACGUCUCCAUGCUCGAGUCCUUUGGUUGUCAUACCCAAGAAAUCUGGUGGUGUUCGCAUCACCGUGAAUUAUCGCAAGUUGAAUAAGCUAUGUGCUCUUAGUCAGCUCCCGAUCCUUCGAGUUGAUGAUACUCUGAAAUUGUUAAAGGGAGAGAUCUAUUCUCUCUUUGACAUGAAAUCUUCGUUCCACCAAAUCACGGUUCAUCGUGAUACCAUCCCUCUCACGGCGUUUGUUACGUCUUCUGGACUUUUUGAGUGGUUGAAAAUGCCGCAGGGCAGUGCUGCUGCCCCAGGAUGGUAUUGCAAGGUCGUCAACGAAGUCAUCAAAAAUCUUCGAGGUGUUGCGUCGUAUUUGGACGACCUCAUCGUUUUUGAUGCGACCCUAGCCGCUCAUGUAGCGACCAUUCGCUCUCUUUUCGAAAGGUUGCGUACACACAAUUUGAAACUGACCCCUCCGAAUGCUACAAUUGGCGCCACAGAAGCCGAGUUUCUUGGGCACACUAUUUCUCCGGACGGUGUUCGGCCAAAUGGUGACAAAGUUAUUGCGCUCACCAAGAUGCCGAUGCCCAUAGACACCAAGCAACUUCGAGCUUUGCUGGGUGGUCUCAGCAAUUACCGGAAAUUCCUCCCACAGAUGGCUAAGCGUGUUCGCCCCCUUACGACUCUUCUGAAGAAGAAUGUGAAGUUUGAGUUUACGGAUUCAAUGGAAUCCGCCGUCAGACAACUUCUCGCAGAACUCGCGAGCCCCCCUGUUCUGGUGUAUCCGGAUUGGGAUGCUGUAUCCGACGGUUCGCGUCCUUUUCGCCUCUAUUAUGACGCGAGUAAAGAUGGGUUUGGCGGGACUUUGGAACAGGAGCAACCUGAUGGUUCCGUUCGACCGAUUGUAUUCGAUAGUCGAGCUACUUUAGAGUCUGAGCGCCAUUGGACUCCUCUGGAUCUUGAAGCUGGCAGUAUCGUUUGGUGCAUCAAGCGCCUUCGUGGUUAUUUAUGGGGCACUCAUUUCAAGAUCUUCACGGACCACAAAUCGCUUGAACACCUUGCGAAGGUGGGGGAAACCAACGCCCGCGUUCAACGUUGGCUGGAAUUCCUCACAGCGUACUCUUACACUCUUGAGUAUCGCAAGGGUUCGUCAAACGGCAACGCCGACUUCCUUUCUCGAUUGCCAAUAGAAGCGACCGAGCGUGACCGUUCUGGCCGCAGUCGUCUGACUCCGUCCGCCGAAGACGAAGCGGUGUACUUAAUCCGCUCUUGUGGUGUUCCGCGCCCGGCUGUGGAUUUUGGAUUUUCUCAGCCGGAAGACGCGCCUCUCGGGCCGACUAUUCCUCCGUCUGUGGUGUGCCACGCUAAUGCUUCGUGCCAUCUUGGUGCGGCGCGAACACUGUCGAUGUUAGAACGUUUUUAUUGGUGGAUUGGCAUGAGCGUUUGCACCAAAUGGUGGAUUCGUCAUUGCCUGCGGUGCCAAGCUCGCAAAACAUCUCGACAAACAGCCCGGUUGCCGAUUCUAAGCCUCCCGCUGACCUCCGGACCUGGAGUGUCCGUGAGUGUCGAUUACUUCGGCCCACUGCCGACCACCCCUCGGGGUCACACGUACAUUCUGCUGUUCACCGAUCGUUUUAGUCGACGUGCUGAUAUGUACGCCGUUACGGCCGCAGAGUUUAACGCCGAAGGUACUGCAGAUAUUUUAGUGAAUCGGUAUAUCCCUUUGUAG